AUGGAUUUACCUGAACGCGAAAAAUGGUCUGGAAAUAUGGAUUUUCUAUUUUCAUGUAUUGGCUUCGCUAUUGGUCUUGGAAAUGUUUGGCGAUUUCCAUAUUUAUGUUAUAAACAUGGAGGAGGUGCCUUUUUAAUUCCAUAUUAUAUAACGUUAAUCUGUGGUGGUAUACCGUUAUUCUUUUUGGAAAUAGCACUUGGACAGUAUUCAAGUUUGGGAGGAUUAACAAUUUGGAAAAUGUGUCCAAUAUUUAAAGGUAUCGGUUACGGAGGUGUAAUUAUUUCAUUUUGGCUCAAUUGUUACUAUAUUGUCGUGUUAGCAUGGGCUCUCUACUAUAUCUAUAAUUCAUUUACAAAAACAUUACCAUGGUCACAAUGUGGAAAUUGGUGGAAUACUGAUCAGUGUCGAACUAUCAGCGAUAUGCGCAAUUAUACACAAUAUUUAACUACCUGUUCUUCUCAAAAUAAUUCAAAUUUAACAUGUUAUUACAAUAUUACAGAACAAUUACAACAAUUUUCGAGUCCCGUAAAAGAAUUUUGGGAACGCAAUACGCUUCAAAUCACAGAUGAUAUAAGCAAAAUUGGUACUUUGCGUAUCCCUUUAGUUAUUACAUUGGCAAUCGCAUGGAUUGCAUGUUAUUUUUGUAUUUGGAAAGGUAUUAAAUGGACGGGAAAGAUCGUUUAUUUUACAUCAAUGUUUCCUUAUGUGGUAUUGUUUAUCUUGUUGGUUCGUGGUUUACUAUUAGAUGGAGCAAUGGAUGGUGUCAAAUAUUUAUUUAUUCCUGAUUUAUCCAAAUUGAAAAAUUCACAACUUUGGAUAGAUGCAGCCACACAAAUAUUUUUUUCCUAUGGUCUUGGAUUAGGUGCUCUCAUUGCACUGGGUAGCUAUAAUACCUAUCAUAAAAAUUGUUAUAGAGAUACACUAAUAUUGACUGUAUUUAAUGAAGGAACAUGUUUGAUUAGUGGUUUUGUAGUAUUUUCCGUUCUUGGAUUUAUGGCAAAAAUAGAAGGAAAACCUAUGAGUGAUGUCGCUGAUUCAGGUUCACAAUUAUUAUAUUAA